AUGUCAGUACAAAGCGAGUAGGGUAAGAAAUAUUUAUCAACAAAGGUCACUCCCAUCUUUGAAAAGUUGGUUGUUGAGUUAGUCAAGAAGUAGCCUGAAUAAGUCGUUCCCUUUAUGAUUUAAUGGCUCACUCAAAAUUAGUCCCAUUUAGAAGGAGGUCAUCACCACCACCAUCACGAACAUAGCCAAAACGAAAGUGCUAGUGAUAGCGACGACGAGUCUGUAGAAGAUUUAGUUGAUCCUUAAAUUUUAAUUAAGCAAAAGUAAGGAAAAACUAUGCGUACUUCAGUCUCUGCUGAAGCUUAUGGUCAAUACAAUCAAAAAUCAGCAUUUGUAGCUAAAAACAUUCCCAAAAAUGCCAAUCAAGUUCUAAGAAUAAAGCAACGUUUAUCCUAAGCCUUCAUGUUCCAAAGCUUGGACGAAAAUGAACAAAGAGUAGUCAUCGGUGCCAUGGAAGAAAAGAAAUUCAAGGCUGGAGAAACCAUCAUCAAAUAAGGAGACGAUGGUGAUGAGCUUUACGUUGUCGAUAGCGGAUUAUUAGAUUGCUACAAGGAAAAAGCCAACCAAGAAAAAAUUCUUUUAAAAACCUAUAAGGAGGGUGAAGCUUUCGGUGAACUUGCUCUAUUAUACAACGCUCCUAGAGCAGCUACUAUUAUUGCAAAGACUGAUUGUAUUCUUUUCUCAUUAGACAGACCUACUUUCAAUCAUAUUGUUAAGGAUGCUGCCGCUAAGAAGAGAGAAAAAUAUGAAGCUUUCCUUUCUAAAGUUGAAAUUCUCCACGAUAUGAUUCCCUACGAAAGAUUACAAAUUGCUGAUGCACUUCACUCCCACAAGUUCUCUAAAGGUGAUUACAUCGUUAAAGAAGGAGAAAACGGUAACUCUUUCUUUAUAUUAGAAGAAGGUAUCGCAGUAGCUACUAAGGUCAUGCAAGCCGGAUAAGCUCCCGUCAAAGUUUAUGAAUACAAGAGUGGAGAUUACUUUGGUGAAAUUGCCUUGCUUAAAAAUCAGACCAGAGCUGCUAAUGUGAUCGCUGAAAGCGACUGCACAGUAGUUUCAAUGGACAGAGAAUCUUUCAAGAGAUUACUUGGUCCUCUUGAAGAUAUUUUAAGAAGAAAUUUCCAUAAGUACGAAAAAUAUAUCAACUGA